AUGAAAACCAUAACAGCUUUUGGAUCGCAACUCUCUCUUCCUUCUCGGACCAACUUAUUUCCGACAUCAGUUCUUGGUAAGCCAGCAAAGCAAUUGCGUUUGAAGGCCUCUCCUCCGACUUUCCCUCCUUUGUACGUCGAUGCUGAAGCAACUAACAUUCGUAAUUUCAAGAAGUUGCCACCUUCUCAAUGGACUCAUUUCUUCCACUCUGUUAACGAUGAUGUCUCGGAAAUGAGUGCAGUUGAGAAGGAGAUCGAGAUGCUAAAGCUGAAUGUGAAGGAAGUCCUCAUGUCCGAACCCCAAACCAUGGACGAUGAGAAGAACAAAGUUCUUUUGAUUUAUUUGCUGGUAAGCUUGGGUCUGGCUUAUCACUUUGAGGACGAGAUCAAUGGGAAUCUUCUACAGAGUUUUAAAAAGAUAGAGGAUAUGGUUGCUGGUGAAAAGGAUUUAUACACAGUUUCCAUUCUCUUCUGGGUGUUCAGGACAUAUGGUCACAACAUGUCUUCCGAUGUCUUCAAGAGAUUCCAAGGGGACGAUGUGAAGUUUAAGGAAUGUCUUGUCGACGAUGCCAAGGGUAUCUUGAGCUUGUACGAAGCUGCAAACUUGAGAACAACGACAGACUAUAUACUGGACGAAGCAUUGAGCUUCACUUCGAUCCACUUGGAGUCGUUGGUUGCAGGAGGAACGUGCCCACCUCACCUCGCAACGCGUAUCCGAAAUGCUCUAGCUCUAUCUCAGCACUGGAACAUGGAAAUAUUAGUAGCACUUGAGCACAUCCCGUUCUACGAGAACGAAGUAGAUCAUGACGAGAUGAUACUCAAGUUCUCAAAGCUAAAUUUAAAGUUACUGCAGCUCCAUUACCGUCAAGAACUCAAAAUCGUUACAAAAUGGUAUAAGGACCACGACUUUGCAUCUAAUUUGCAGCCGUUCUAUAGAGAUAGAAUUGUUGAACUGCACUUCUUUGUGCUAGCUAUGUACUUCGAGCCAAAAUUCUCAAGUGCAAGGAUUAUGCUGACUAAGUUCUUCAAGGUUUUAACAAUUCUAGAUGACACGUGUGAUAGAUAUGCUUCUCUUGCUGAAGCCAAAAGUCUCGUCAAUAGCCUGGAAAGAUGGGCUUCGGAUGAUGCCAUGGGUAGACAACCAGAGUUUUUGAAAUUUGUGUUUAAUUUUAUAUUGAAUGCCUUCGAAGAGUUUGAAAGAGAACUGAGGCCUGAGGGAAGAUCUUAUGAUGUGGAAGCCACAAUAGAAGAGUUCAAGACACUCGUGAAAGCCAACCUUGAUUUCACCAAAUGGGCGCUAGCAGGUCACGUGCCUAGCUUUGAAGAUUACAUGGAAGUUGGUGAGGUUGAGGUCACAGUGUAUGUGACAUUGGCAGGGACUUUGAUGGUUAUGGGACAUAUCGCUUCAAAAGAAGCGCAUGAGUGGCUCAAAUCCAGACCCAAGAUCACCCAGAUUUUAUCUACUAAAGGACGUCUUAGGAAUGACAUGGCUGGUUUCGAGGAUGAUAUGAGCAGAGGAAAUUUCACUACUGGAGUCAACUGCUAUAUGAACCAAUAUGGAGUUACAGAAAAGAAAGCCUAUAUGGAGCUUCAUAAAAUGGUUGCAGAAGCCGAUAAGACAUUAAACGAGGAGAUGUUGAAGAAAUGUGAAGUUCCACGGCAGGUUCUCAAGACAGUCAUCAACCUUGCACGCAUGAUCAACGUCACCUACAAUGUAAACGAAGGAUACACCUUUCCCGAAGUAAAAAUCUACGAGUAUAUUACUUCCUUGUUCGUCGAUGAGAUCCAUGUCUGA